CAAAUUUGUAAACUCAAACUGUGUUCGCAAGAUCGGACUUCCGAUUCGUUUUGUUUUAUUUUUUAUGUGUUUAUCAACAUUUGCGUUCAAUGCACCGUUAAAUGCAUGAUCUUUUUUGUAAUUCGCAGCAUACUGUCCACUCAGUGCAAUGAACGAAGAUCCGCAAGUUUGGACGGACGAUCAGUCGAACGCAUCGUCCGACUGUAGCGACAGUAGCUGCGAUUCGCGAUCGCACGAAUGGGGCCAAUACAUCGUAAACAACUCCCUGUUUUUCGUCAAAUUUGAUCUCGUUUGCCACGCGAAGCCCGCCGCCUUCGACGAUGAUCUGUUCUUCCGCAACGAGUAUCGGCGCCUGUCGAUCCGCAAGAAGGAGAGCAUUCUGUCCCGGUUCGGACAAAAGGACAAGGGCAAACACAAGCUCUUCCGGGUGAGCGUCAUCGAUACGUCAAAAAAGGAGCAAAUCAAUGGCAUCCAGAAGGACGUAAUCAUCAGUAUUGCGCCGAAGAAAAAUGUCCCGCUGAAGGAAGUGUUGCCGCUGACCGAAACCAUACUUGGGCUGACGACGAGCCUGUUCCCGGACGGCCGGAAGCUGAUGGUGGAUAAGAUCAAAGACUAUUCAGUGUUUGCCAAAGGCAAGCUGGUCAAGUCCAAGGACUGGAUAAAGUCUAUCGAUGCCGAGCAGGUUACGGUGGACAACUUUGAAUCGCUGCUGGAAGGUUCGACCAAGAUACCGACGAUUAUUAAAAUUAGCUUCUUUGAAAUGAUCGAGCCAGACAUUAGCAACGCGAUCGAGAUCAAGAUUACGAACUUUAUGGAUUUGAUCCAGAGCCAGGAGACGCUGUUCGACAAGGAGGACAUCCAGUCGAUGAGCAACAACGAUCUGAUCUUCAGUAUGAUCUUCAUAUCGAAGGAGUACACGCAGAACGAUGAGCUGGAUGUGAAGUUUUGCUAUCCCACGCGCGAGAACAACUACCUGUUCAACUCCCGGGGCAGCUUCGUGACGCUGCAUUCGAUUUUCAACCAAUCGUUUAAUCAACAGUCCAUAAUGACGAAUUUGAAGAUCAAAAACGUCCUCUACUACACGACGUACACCGUGCUCGAGGACGGGAUUUUGUUGCUCGGCUUCAGCUCCAAGUACUCGUCGGUGUUUGCGGUGAAGCAGAAGAGUGAACAGAUCUGUCGCUUCUUAAACGCACUGUAUCGCUGCGGUACAGCCGUGUUUAAUAGACCGAUUGAGCAGCAAACCGAGCUGAUGCAGCUGUGCGAAAUGAUACGCCACUCGAUCAAGGCUAACCGGAACUGGGACAAGUUCGAGAAAACGUUCCCCCAGGCACACUUUGUCCCACUGCCCAAGGAGAUACAGCUGCGUAUCGACGAUGCGCUCGGCGAGCUGGAAGCGAUGGACUAUCGCAACUGGAACGACGAUUUUGUUGAUCUGUUCUGUCUAUUGACCGUCAUCGGUUGUGCCCUGUACUACAAGCAGCAUCUGGUCUGUACGCAUCUGAAUGGCGAGUACAUGAUGGACAUUGAGACGGUGUUGAAAAAUUUGGGCGUGUUCGAAAUUCUUACCACCACCGACGUGAAGAACAUGGCCAUCUGGCGCAAGUUUUACCCGAAGCAGUACUGUGCGGAUGGGUUCCACGAGAAGAACGACGCCUACCUGAUGCUCGUGUCGAUCGGCAACCUGCUGAUGGUGGUGGUGCUGGAAGUGCCGAUCGACACGACGCACAGCAAAUCGUUUUCCCGCUACGUCGACGAGAUACAGGACAUGCUGAGCUACUUUAAAUCGACCGGCAUCGAAAAUCUCAUCCGCAUAUGGAUCGACUCGAACCGCCGCCCGCAGUGCAUACCGACGAACGUGAGCAAACAGCAGGCGGGUGACCAAGCGCCGCACGAGGACCGUGCGCAGGUGCGCAGCCAUGACGAGGAAUCGAACGCUUCCAGCUCGAUAAAAAAUCAAGCGAUUCGCGAGGAGCAAAAUCCCGAACCGGACGAUGACGACGAUUCUGACUGGGGCCAAAGCAUGGACAGCAGCCAGCGGAGCAGCAGCUUCGACAUUACGGAUCUGUCCGAGAACCGGUGCAAGGAAUUUUCGGAGCUCAUCCCGACGCAGCUAACGACCGGGCUGGAAAAUCUGCUAUUUUACUACGUCCAGCUCGAGGUGGGCGAUGGAUACUUCCUGGCACCGACAGUUAGUGGCGCCAACGUGAAAAAUGAUAUAAUCAUGAAUCUGUUCCGCAAAACGUGCACCUUGAUACACGCGACGUUUGAAAACACGAAAAAGUUUCGCAACCUUCUGUCUCGCGAGUCGAGCAAAUUGAACACGCAACGAUCGCUGGUAGCCAUCAAGGAGCAGGGCAUGCUGCUGUCCGUUCCGAAAGAUCAUGGAUCGGGCGAACGCGUCGAGUUUUGGGUCGUCGGACGCCUGUUUCACAGCCCCGCCAAGGAGCUGUACGUUUGUCAUCGAGCGGAUGCGCCUCAAAAUAUGGUAGAGUUAGCGUUCCGUAUCUGUCUAACUUGUGCUGGAUAGACAGGAAUUAGGUAUUUAUAGAGAGACACACAGCAAAACACUCAACAAUCCAAGCCCUUCCAUCUUAUGCAACGAAAAUGGAGACUGAUUUUUGCAUUUAAAAACUUUUACAAGACCUAGUUAGUUUGUAAGGCAUAAAAUGUCCAAUGUUGUACUAAUUUAUUGUGCAUGAUCAUGACAAAGCUAAUAAAACGCAAGAGGAAGUA